AUGCCUGCUAUCAGAGAUACUCCUGCUUCAAGGCAGUCUUUCAAACGUCAACCUCUCUGUAACCCGUACUUUAAAAAGCCAGUAUGGGCUUGUUUCCCUGACGCAGGUACCCUUCCGCAACCGAUCUUUGACAGCGGAAAUAUGAAGACCAGCGGGGGCACGAUCGAGGCCCCGCAGGCGCUUAGCACCACAUGCACGGAAGACCCCUUCGCCCAUUCACGGGCAACACGUUCCUACUUUGUUGAUCACCCCUACCUCGUGCAAGGGGCUGCGGAACCCCCACACGACGUAAAAGCGUGCUCAACUCAGACGGAGUUACAAAAGCUUGGAUUGUCCCUUCUUGCUGCUGCCAGUUCCUCGAAAGUUGCCCGAGGCAACUUUGCUCGCGCCUCCUGUGGGAGCGGGCCCUCCUACUCGCUCAAGCAUCGCCUGUUUGACAUGUCUCAGCCGUCGCGCUUGCCGCCUCGCUUACGCGCCCUUUCCAAGGAUGUCGCGCUGAGCAACUCAGCGCCCAUGGUCCCUCCCGGUCUCGGUUAUGUUGUUCCUCUUCCUUCGGUCGCUCGUCAUGGCUGCGUUUCCGAGGUUCCUUCUGGCGUCACCAAAGGGAGACAUGGUACAGAGAGUCUUCUCUCCCAGUCGAAUUCGGAUGGUGUUGGCAGGGUAGUUACAGCUUUUUCAGAUACCCUUGAGCGCUCGGGUAGCAACGCUGUCCCUCGGGUCAUCGCGCCCAAAAACCCGGACCUUGAUGAUAUUGCAACUGCGUUCUCUAGCCUUUCCGCGCAUUUCAUGUACUCGCUGGCUAUCAAAGCCGGCGCAGAUGAAACAUUCCCCGACCCGGAAUUGGAUGGGCGAAAUUACGUGACUUCCAUUGUUGGCACUCGCAUUCGAUUCAUUCUUGAAUCCGUCGGCAACCCUCAAAUGGUUGCCAUUCAUGCGUUGUGGUACAUCUCUGAGAUUACCAUGGCAGAAAUAGGCCAAGGGAAUGAUUUCCUAGGAGUCUCGAUCUUCAACCAUCUCCACUGCUGUGGCGCGGCCACUUUUGACGAGCUUCUCUUCUCCGCUUUUGUCGUCGUUGCAAGACUGGCCGAUAAACUGGUCAACGACUCUUGCCUCCCGGGUAAGACAUGGGUCAAGACAACCGCGAUUCCUUCCUCUACCCUCACUAAUAUUGAAAAGACCGCGCUGGCAUCUCUCGGCUAUCUGGGGUACAUCCCCAGUUCUUCAUGGCAUAGCUGGGUGCUUGAGCUCCGCGUCUCCUCUAGCCAACUCUCUAGCGACAAAAGUAUCGUCGUAGUUCGCGUUCUUGAUGAUGUGCUCGCUGUCAAUAAAGCCACAGAUCUCAAUACGACUUUCAUUCGAUACCGCGGCCGGAAGAAGAAAAUUGCCGCAGCGCCCCGCCAGGAUCCUCUGAUGAUCCACGCACCCACUCCAGUCAAACCCUUGGCCUGUCUCCCCGACCCCAGUGACUGGUGUCCCGAGGCAGACCCCAUUGUCAAUAAGAACCCUCGUACGAUGGGUAUUGCCCCGGGUAGUCAUAAUUUUGCACCUGAAUCGAGGCAGCCUACAACAGCGUUGGAUUUACUGGAAUUCAUUACCCAAGGGACCUGGGGUGCCGCAGUUGGGGGCCCUUUGAGCGCCUUUGGCGCGCAUUUGGUCCAUUCUGUAGGUCGUUAUGGCCCUUGCCAGACCACUCUUGGGUGA